CGUGGUACGAUGUCAAGACCUGCUGAACUCUUCCUAGUCUUUCUAAUGUUUUUUUCUUUCAGUGUCCUGCAGUGUCUAGUAACCAAUUCAUGUGUCUGGAUUCUUGUUUGGGCUGUGCUUAAACUGUGUUCAUCGGGUGAUGACAUGUCGGCCGGCAUCUUCUCUGUGCUUUCACAUCUACUUGUUCUUCCUAUUUUCGUUUUUACUCGUAUUGUGCUUGCUUUAUGGUUUACUGACAUUGCUGGCGCUUGUCUUCGUACACUAAAUCUCGAUCCUCCACCAAGUGUGGAAUUCAGCACGGCUGUAUCGGACCUAUUGGUGUCGUUGCUUCUGGGUUGCGUUUUCCUCACUCAAGGACUUCUUGUGUCAUAUCUUCCACUUCCAAGUUUUUUGUGUUCUGUUAUAUCCUUUGUUCAUUUAUCGCUUCUGAAUUCGAUGUACAGUUUCGAGUAUUUCUGGUCUUCUCGCAGUGUUCUGCUUCAUAAACGCAUUGAAAGGCUUGAAACCUAUCUGCCAUAUUUUAUUGGGUUUGGUGCGCCUCUUACUUUUGUUUCAACACUGAGUAAUAGUUUUCUUCUUAAUGGAAGUGUUUUUGGGACGUUUUUCCCCUUGUUUAUCAUUAGUUCUUACAAGGCUUCAUGGGAAAGACCAAAGGAUUCAAGGCGGUCAAUUCCAGUGCUAAAUAUUUUCACGCCAUCUCGUUUGGUUACGGAUGGUAUCGUGAACUUUUUCUCGGGAAUUGUUGCUCCUGAACAUGCUAGUCAUUAG